GGCUACCAAAACCGCGUAGGAGUGCGCAACUAUUUGUGACGUUCAGUUCCUUCUGAACAUUUCGCGAUAGACUUGUUGAGCUUCGGGUAUUUGAAAAUUUUAAUAUAGAAAUUCUAAUAUUUCAUUUAACACGAGACUAAAACAAAAACAACAACAAAAAAAAAUCUCAUUUAUAAACACUUGAAAAAAAAAAAAGUUUGAAGAUUUGACUGAGGCGCGAGCGAGAAAUAGCGUCCGCGUUGAGAAAAAACUAUUUUAAAAAAGUGUUUUAAAGAAUUGCGGAAAAAAAUGAAGACACAUACAGGAAUUAUUUUUGCUAUCGUAUUCGUUACGACAUGCAGCAUAUACACAGAAGUUGAAGGUUGGGGAGGUCUUUUUAAUCGUUUUAGUCCCGAAAUGCUCUCAAAUCUUGGAUAUGGCAGUCAUGGCGGAUAUCAGGGCAAAUCGUCAUAUCUCCAGCGAUCUGGACUAUCGGAAGGAUUUACUGGUAAUUCUCUAGAGGAAUCAGCUGAUGAACCAUGUUAUGGAAGAAGAUGUUCAGCCAAUGAACAUUGUUGCCCUGGUUCUAUAUGUGUCGACAUGGACGGAAUUAUCGGAUCAUGCCUCUUUACGUACGGAUUAAAACAGGGUGAACUAUGCAGAAGAGACAAUGAUUGUGAAACUGGACUUAUGUGCUCUGAAGUAGCAGGUGGAGAAACACGAUCGUGUCAACCACCAGUAAAUUCAAAUAAACAAUACAGUGAAGAAUGUAGUAUAUCCGGUGAAUGCGACAUAAGCCGAGGAUUAUGCUGCCAAUUACAACGGCGACAUCGGCAAUCACCUCGAAAGGUUUGCUCUUAUUUUAAAGACCCUCUUGUUUGCAUUGGUCUCGUUGCAACCGAUCAAAUAAAAUCAGUAAUUCAAUAUACAGCAGGUGAGAAACGAAUCACAGGACAAGGAAAUCGUGUAUAUAAACGAACUCCAUUCGUUUAAAUUAUAAAAAAAAAAAAGAAAAUAAUAAUAAUAAUCCAUACCCUCUUCCCAAAAUGCCCAUAAAAAAGCUACAAAUCAAAUCCUAUCUACGAUUGUAGUCACUAAACUCUUUUAAAAUGAUAAGUAUAUAAUUAAGUAUGCAUAUAUAUAUAUAUAUACUAAAUAUCAUACAUUGAUUUUGUUACAAUUUUUUUUACAUGACCGAAACAGUGGCAUGUUAAAAAAAAAAGAAAGUUUAAGAAAAACAAAAGAAAGUUUCAAGAAAAACCAAAAGAGAAAGAUAGAAAAGAUGAGAUAUUACAAAAAAAAAAACUAGACUUUAAAGAAAUAAUUACUCGACUUUAAAUCUUUCUCUUUAACGUGACUGAAGAAUACAACACAUAUCAGAGUAGCUUAAUACUCCUUAGCAAUAUAAGUGCAUAUAGAAUAAAAAAAAAAACAAAUUUUUAGGGAAUUUUCAAUUUGUUUCCUUUUUCUAAUUUUAUAUUUUUUAAUUACUAAUAAAAGUAGUAUAAUAGAAAUGAAUUAAAAAAAAUUUUUUAAUAUAAAUUAAAUUCUUAAUAUAAAAUAUAAUUUUUAUUUUUUAUUAAUUUAAAUAAAAAAUUUAUUUUCAAAUAUUUUAAUAAAUUUGAAAUUCCCUGAAAAAUUGUUUCUCAAAACAAAUUUUAUGUAAAGAAAUUUAUAAAUACCAUACAUAUCAAUAUUUAAUUUUAUGAAAAUUCAAACGUUUGAAGUAAAUUAAAAAAAAAAAAAAAAUUAUUAAAUUUAAAUAUUUAAAAAAAUUAAUUUUUAAAUUUAAAUAUUUUUCAAUAAAAUUAUUUUUUUUUUUAAACAUUAUAAAACUUUAUUUACUUUUAAGGAUUUAAUUUUCUUUCGAAUAAAAUAUUUUUGUGUUCAAUAUAUAUAUUUUUAAUAUAUAUAAAUAUAUAAUUUAAAAAAAAUAUAUAUCAAACGCAUAUCAUAAAGGAGAAAAUAAAUACUGAUAAAAGUUUAAAAAAUCCUGAUAUACUGACGUUCUAGUGUAAAAAAAAAAAUUAUAUAUAGAAAAAAAAGCAAUUUUUUUUAUGCCAGAACAACAGAUUAUAACAGAAUAAAAGAGAAAAAAAAACCGCUUUCUUUUAAAUCCAUUUUAAAAAUAAAUUUAGUGACUAGAAAAAAUAAUUAUUUUAUCCCCUCAGAAAUAGAAAUUACUUAACUAAAAUAAAAUACAACAUAUUAUCCUUUUUUUCAAAAUUAAAAAGUUUUUAGUGAAUAAAUAUUUUGAUUAUAUAAAAUCACAAGAAUUUUUUCACUAAAUAUAAUAUCAGAAAAAAAUUCCUCAACAAAAAAAAGAAGUAAAUUCAAAGUAGUCUAUAUAAAGAGAGGCAUAAUGCUAAAUGCCUUUAUAUUUAUGAAAGACCUAAGUAUAUUUAAUUAUAUCUACUCAUAAUAAGUAUAUACUUCUAUUCUCAAUGUUAUCAAAAAUAUAAAUUUUGGUUCCUUGUUCAAAAAGAUGGCAGCUAAUUAUUAUUUUAUUAUUUAUUUUUAUUUAUAUAAAAAAAAAUUUGUUUAAAACUAUUAUUUAAAAUAAUUAAAAAAGAUUAUAAAAAUAUUUAUUUUUAAAACGAUUUAAAAAAAAAAGUACAAAUUAUAAAAAAUAAAAAUUCCAAUAAGUUGCCAUCUUUCUGACAGAGAUUUUUAUAGUUAUAAAAAAAAAUAUAAUUAUAUAUGCGCUAAGAGAAAAUAAUGAAGACAUAUCAUAAAAAAAAUGCCUAAUAAGCAUUCAUAAAUUAUGGGAUUUAAGAGAAUAAUAAAUAAUUAGAAAAUAUAAAAAAGAGCGCGAAACUCUAAUAUCUCCCUGAUUAAAAGUUAAUUAAUGUACAAUCGUCUGCAAAAUAGUCAAAAAAACAAAAAAAAAAACAAAAAAAAAUUAUAUAAAUGCCUAAAAUGCAUUUGGAAAGUUUUAAUGUAGGCUACGAAAGUUACCCAGCGAAAUGAUAUUCUAUUUAAAAUUAUAUUUUUAUCUUAUAUAUUACUUACACACAUAAAUGUGCGCUACACUUAUAAGCUUUACAUAUAUAUAUAUAUAUACAAUAUUUAAAAAUUACUCGUAUAUUUUCUCGAAACGUAUAUAAAAAAGAAUAUUUAUCUUUGUAUUGACUUAUUGUCAAACAUAGGUAUAUAUUUUACCUUAACUUUGACAGUUUGUCUUCCUUUAAUUAAAUUUAUAUAUACCUAUAUGUAUAAAACUUAAAAAAAAAAAAUUUUUUGUGAAUAUUUUUAAUCUACUUUAUAUUAAAAAAGAAUAUUUAAAAUUUUUUUUAAUAUUCCUAUUGUCAGAUCAAAUCUUUUAAAUUAACUUUUUUUUUUAUUAUUAUUCUAUAAAAAAAAUGUACGUAAAAUGGAUACGUACCCGUCCAUAAAAAUACAUAUCAUAGAUAAUACAACUAUUAUAAUUUAAAAAAAAAAUUAAUUAAUAAUUUAAUUACAGAGAAAACAAAAUAUAAAAAUGAAAAUUCAUUUUUCUUUUUAAUAUAAAACUUAUAAGUGAUUUAUGUAUAAGAGAAAAAUACUUAUGUUAUUAAUUAAUUAUUAUAAUUAUUAUAAUUAUAAUAAUUAUAAUAAUAAUAAUAUUAAAAAAAUGAAAGUUUAACAUUUAAAACAUUUGUUUAUUAAUGUUUACUGCUUAUUUAAUAACUAUUCUGUAAGACUUUCCAAUAUACAUAUAUAUAUAUAAGACUCUCAGAAAAUAAUUGGAAUUUUUACAAACUUUAAAUAACAGGAAAAUUAUUUUUUUAAAAGGAGAUAAUUGGUUCAACUGAUUAAAUCGCACAAAUUGUAAUAUUCCUGUGUAUAACUAGAACUUUCUGCAUCAAAAUUAUAUUAAGUUUUAAUUAAUUUAAAAAAAAAAUUAUAUUUAUCUAAUUAAAUUAAUAAUAAAUUUAAUUUAAUUAAGUAAAUUGAUAAUUUAAUUAAAAUUAAUAUUUGUAUUAAAAAUUUAUUAUCUAAGUUAAGUAUUUAAAAAAAAAUUUUAUAAAAUAAUAAUUUUUUAAUUAUUUUGAUAUUUGUAAUUAAUUUUAUUUUUAUAUACGUUUAACGAUGCUGGAUGUGUAUUGUGAUAAAUUAUUAUAGUUACGAGAUAAAAUGAUACAGAUUUUCGGCCAGUUGGCUAAUAUGAGUCAAAAAGUACCUCUAACAGAUAAAAAUUCCAAUGCUAUUUAAUUAUACAUAUCUGUAAAUUACACAUGUGUCUGACUAAAAUGUGUAUGUGUAAACAUUCACGAAUGUAAUUAAAAAAAAAAAAAACAAAAUAAUAAUAAUUUCAAGAUAUAGUUGACCGUGAAUUAAAUUAUAAUCGUGCAUCUGAAGGAAUGCAAAAAAAACAA